CGCAUAUUGUCCACCAACGCUGAGUACGUGUCAGAAUCCUGUACGACUUAAGUGAUCAUGUGUAUUCUGACUCGUGACUCAAGACCCAUCGCCCACCAGUCCGGCACCAGCAGUCUCUCUCUCUUGCUGGUCCGCGCACUACUUCAGAACCCAUCCACCCGCCACGGCCCACGCCUCGAGCGGUCCUGCAGCCUCUCCACUCUCUGUGCUGGAAGAGGUGACGACGGCCACUCCCUGACGCUGCUCUUCACAAACACUAAGGUCAUCUCGCCUCUCACCAUGGUGACUUCACGUGGCUCCUUGCAAGUGGUCCUCUCCCUUGUUUUCCUCCUUGCCUUGCUUUACACUGCAGAAGUAGGAUGUCAAGAAAGCAGCCAGAUCGAAUGUCAGAGUGGCGGUCAGUAUAUUUCAAGAGAUAGUAUUUGUAACCAGAGACGAGAUUGUUCGGACGGCUCAGACGAGGAGGCCAGCCUGUGUAAGCUAUGGCCGCCAACGUCUAGGAAUUGUCGUUAUGCUUCUGAACAAUCCAUCUAUUACUAUGGAGGGUGUCGGACAGCAUAUUACGUGUGUAGGAACGGUGGAAGUGGCAGUAACAUAAACUCGACAAUUUGUGAGAUUAUUCUUCAACCAAAACUAGGCGUAAGGAAGCCAGAUGGUAUGAACAUGAGCAGUGAGGUGAUCUCCUUGCUGAAUUCAGCUGUUAACUCCACCUUGAAUUAUAAGACGCCAGACUGCCCCAUGCUGUACCUCCGCGUCGGAAAUGAUUGUCUCUCUUUCUUCUCACCAGCCAAGGUGUCGUGGGCAGAGGCUCGACAGUUCUGUCUUAGCAUCUAUGGUGACCUGUGGCAUGCAAAGGAUUUUGAAAGUUAUGGCCGCCUAAUGGAGUAUAUGAGAGAGGAAAAAUUGACCUCUAAUUACUGGAUUGGCGGACGCUACGAUAUUGAUACCAAUGCAUGGUCGUGGACGGCAGACGACUCUGCCAUGCCCCUUGGCGCUCCAUUCUGGUCGAUGAAGUACAAGGACUCCUGCGUGCAAAGGGGACCUCCACACACCGACCCAUAUUCCGCACCGCCCGCAGCUCUACCCGGGGCCCGCUGUUAUCGAGCCGUCUUAUCUCCACAACAAAGAUCUCCGGGCUGGUGUUCUGCAAUGACCUACGAGCACUUCUACUACUGGACUGACGAGAUGUGUGAUAAAACCUUCAGCCCACUGUGCAUCUUCACUGGCCCCGUCGCCGCCCCCAGUGUGGCUGACGCUCAUUAGGAAGGGACUAAUGUUAUCGUGCACAGCCUAUUGCUAAGCUUAUUAUAUUAUAGACAUUCCUUUUCUCUAACAAUGUUUGUAAAACUGAGCAACAAAAAGUACUUCGUUACACCAAGAUCGAGAGAAAUAAAUCCUGGUCACGACACUCAUUGUGAGGAGGAUCGGGAAGCAGUUGUUUUGUCUCCAGCUAUCUAAUUGGCGGCGUCUUGUGGAACAGUAACAUCAUGACAUAUCGUGAAGUAAAAUGCAUCUAUUGAGUGGAAUGUGCUGUUUACUUGCUGUUAUUGGGUGGAGUGUGCUGUUCACUUGCUGUUAUGUAGUGGAGUGUGCUGUUCACUUGCUGUUAUUGGGUGGAGUGUGCUGUUCACUUGCUGUUAUUGGGUGGAGUGUGCUGUUCACUUGCUGUUAAGGAAGAGAUAAAGGGAGUAUUCUGUGAGACUGUUAUUAAGACUAAAAUUUAUAUUGAAUAAAAAGUCACUGGCAUGUAUGUAGUGUGUUAAAAGUUUGGGUAAUCUGUUACUUAACUAUAUGCAUGAUCUAGCGAUCAACGUUUCAGUAUCUUUGUUCAACUUUUGUACACGAUUAUCGUUUUGUCUGGUGCCAUUUCAGGGUUAGCAUUUCAAUGUAUACUAUGAUGCAUAGAAAUAGAGUUGCUGCAUCCUGCUUUAACGGCUUCUACAUGCAGCUCGAGUAUUACCGAGUUUGUGCAUGCAGAGUCCUUGUCUUAAAGUAUAAAGAACUGAUAAGGAAAAUUUGUGUUUGCCAAGUCUAGAAUGCAUUUAGCUUAUGUGAGAUCGUAUACAUAAUACUGCAACUAAAUAAAAACAAAGAUAGAC